GCCCGAUGCGCGCAGUCCCUCGCCGCCGGGGCGCAUCCCGUCGUCGUUGCGCCACAGACGGCUGAGCUGCACUACGGCCUGCAGCGCAGGAUCGACGACGGCAGCGUCAAGUGGGUGCGCGAGGCCUUUGCGGACGAGCAUCUGUUCCGGCUGGGCAGACCAGAGGUCGGAGGCGUUGUCGAUGCCGUGUUUGUGACAACUUCGGCGUCGCGAGAACAGCUGGGCCCUCACAUCUCCUCCCUCUGCAAGCGCAACCGCAUCCCCGUCAACGUCGUCGACGCCCCCCAUCUCUGCACCUUCUCCCUCCUCUCCGUCCACGCCGACGGGCCCCUCCAGAUCGGCGUCACCACAAACGGCCGCGGCUGUAAGCUGGCCUCGCGCAUCCGCCGCGAGAUCGCCUCGUCCCUGCCGCCGAACCUGGGCGCGGCCUGCCAGCGCUUUGGCGAAGCGAGGCGGCGCAUCCAGCAGCACGACACCAACGACGACGACGACAACAAGGCCGGCUCGUCGGGAGAAACGGCAACGCUGGGCGACCUCGACGACUCCGUCGACCAGAGCGCGCUCUUCAACAAGCUCGUCACGGAGGAGGAGGAACAACACGUCCGCAACAGGCGCAUGCGCUGGCUCAGCCAGGUCUGCGAGUACUGGCCCCUCAAGAAGCUCGCCUCCGUGGCCGACCACGACGUCGACCGCCUGCUGGAAGCCUACGCCGCAGACAAGUCCCGAGGCGACGGCCACGGCAACAUCAGUCCCAACCCCAGCAGCAGUAACAGCCGUCCCAAGGGCAGAAUCAUCCUCGCCGGCAGCGGCCCGGGCCACCCGGACCUCCUGACGCGCGCAACCUACAACGCCAUCCAGACGGCCGACGUCAUCCUCGCGGACAAGCUCGUGCCCUCUGGCGUCCUGGACCUCAUCCCGCGCCGCACGCCCGUCGAAAUCGCCCGCAAGUUCCCCGGCAACGCCGAGCAGGCCCAGGACGAGCUUCUGGCCGCCGCCCUCGCCGCCGCCGAAGCCGGCAAGACGGUGCUCCGCCUCAAGCAGGGCGACCCCUUCAUCUACGGCCGCGGCGGCGAGGAGCUCGCGCACUUCCGCGCCCACGGCUUCGACGCCCCCGGCGCCGUCGUCGUCCUCCCCGGCGUCACCAGCGCGCUCAGCGCCCCCCUUUUCGCCGCCAUCCCGGCCACGCAGCGCGACGUGGCCGACCAGGUGCUCAUCUGCACCGGCACGGGCAAGAAGGGCAAGCCGCCCGCGCCGCCCGAGUACGUGCCCUCGCGGACAGUCGUCUUCCUCAUGGCGCUGCAUCGCAUCGUCGGCCUC